GAACUCGAACCUACAUAACCUAAACUCGGAUUAUUCAAUCUGUAUAUUCUAUUUGUAUUAAUGCCUUAUUGCUACCGACAUCCAGUUGUCAAUAACAUUAUUUUCUCGAAUAAACAAAUUUAUUUGGCUAGAGUAUUUUAUGUACCAUUUUUGAGUAAAGAUUAUCUGUUAGAUCUAUUUAAUUUUGAAAAAUUGUAAACUGCGCCACAGACUGGCAGCCAUUUCGUGAUAGGCCUAGCCUGCUCACAUGACCUAGUGUUUGUCCCCGUGAUCAAAAUCUAACUUUCCUGGCAAAUUCAAAACUUCAUUUUAUAUUCUCAUGGAUAUAAUAGAAAACACGUUGGAUACAAGUGAAGAAAAUGAUGACAUGGAACCUAAAGAAAUGGUAUCAACUCAAUCUUUGACAAUUGUUGAAGAAGAUGGAUCUCUGGAUUCCCCUGAUGAUAAAGGGAAUUUAGUGAAUGGUUCAAAUAUUCUAGAGGAAGAAGUUCAUUACCAGUUUAGACCUGGCGAAGGAGCAGUUACUUAUCGUGUGGUCCACGUUCAAGGAAAUGAUUCAAUGGAAUCGGUACCUCAGAUUGUAUCAACUUCAAGUCCUACUUAUUCAAAUGCUUCCCAACAAACUAAUGUACAGGCAUUGUUGUCCAGUCAACUCAAUGGUCAGUUCUAUGUAAUAGGAUCUCCUCAAGAUGUAUUUUCUCCAACAAAUCAAAGGUCUCUUUCUCCAAGAGCGACAAGGAAUGAGAAUGGGAUAACCAGGACUACAUCAACUAGAGAUGAUAAGAGACGAGCAACUCACAAUGAAGUGGAAAGGCGGCGUAGGGAUAAAAUCAAUAACUGGAUAAUGAACCUCAGUAAGAUAAUUCCUGAUUGCGCUCAGGACACUUCUAAGGGCUUCGAAACACAGAGUAAGGGUGGCAUUCUUGCAAAGGCGUGUGACUACAUAACCGAACUGAAGCAGUCGAACACGCGUCUCCACGAGUACAUGAAGGAGAACGAACAGCUGAUUGCUGAACUGGAAAUGGUUUCCAGGCAAAUGGACUCGCUGAAACUGGAGAACCACCAACUAAGGGAACAGCUAGUACAGCAUGGCAUCAUACCCAAUUCAGAUCCUCUUUCAUAGCCUUCAUCUCUGUCUACACUGUUUGAUUUAGAUUGAAUAGAAGUACGGUUGGUAGAGAGUGCGUAUUUUCUCUCCACCAUUCCUAGGUGCUCUUACCUACCUGGUGACGCGAAACCCUAAGUCCUAGCGGAGUAAUGGUUUAGCUCCUUCAAAAUCACGGUUAUAGAAGAAGUUGGUAGUGAUCAUGCGUUUAUUUCGACUAAAUUUUAGGUCUUCCCGAUGUCUUUCCAUAUUCAAUUGUCUGUUUCUCAUUAGAAUUUCAGUAGAUUGGCGAAUAUGAGUUUGAAACCUUGGUUAGUGGAGGCAUAGAGAAAAUAUAGCAUAAGAUACCCAUGGUAUAGGGCGAAUUGUUCCUAUUUUAAUUUCAACUCUAGCCGAUAGUCCUAGUAGUUAUUUUUGGAGAAGCUAUGUGACCCUGGUAGUCUCUCAUACUAUGUCGUUCUUACUCUCUUCACACCAACAAAACUUAAUAAUACAGUAAUUGGCUUGAGUUAACAAGAUAUCGGCUUGAAAAUUUGAACAUAAAUUACCUAUAUCAUGGGAUAUCUUCUUAUGUUAACUUUUCUUUAUGGUGGUGGUGACUGUACUUAGUUUCCUAGUUUUUUAAGUACACUACCGUCUACUUCUACAAACCGUACGUAGCAUGACUAAUGCAAUGGGUUCUUUCAAUUUGUCUUCCACUGCGAAAGAGCAAGUUCUGCAAAACAUAUUUGUCCGCCUGGGUGAUACUUCCAAUUAGCUCUUGAUCCAAUAAUGAUUCACUCUUCAGUGGAGGAAUGAGCUAGAGUUUUGCGUCACCAGGGAAAAGUACCUUAAACGAACCAGUCAGCUAGGAACGAGCCGAAUUUCUUUUAUCAACUUGAUAAGACAUUGGUUUUGAACUGAUACUUUAUUUUGUUUUUGCUUUUUUAUGAUGCCCUAAUAUGCUUUUGAAUUGUGUGUGUGUAAUUAGGUCUAUUCAACUCUGAAAUGAAGUUUGCACCUGUUUAUUGAAUUAUUAAUAUGUUUUGGGAUUAUAUACACAGGAAAGGCUAAAUUUGGAUAGAAGGAAUUUGUUGUCAUUUAUAAAUUGUUUACCCAGCUUCGGGAAGAUCAGCAUUGCAUUUUUACUGUUGGUGUUUCCAAGUUGGACACCAAAGUCGUAUAGGCUGCAGUCUAGACAGGGCUAUCACUAUGAUGAGAUACACUUUAUGCUGCAUCCACACUCUCAUCAAGUGCGUAUAAUUGACACCGAGUGCGAGAGUGUUGAUAACUGGAUUACCAGCACUCGCCUUCGCUCCGAUUUUUGACGAGACGAGACAAGCGAAGGCGAGUGGUCAGCCGAGCAUUUACAAAUAUAUAUCCCAGGCACUGGUCACAUUGCAGUGUGGGUAGCAAGACCAAAGUGGCCAGCGACUUGGCGAGAGUGUGUGGACUAGGCAUGGAACUUUAAGCAUUGGUUGAAUGUUUUUUUUCUCGUGGUUCGAGUCACACAUCUCGUGCAAACAUUCCUCAUUAUUCCAGUUUAUCCAUGGAUAGUUUGAGAUUACUCGCCAAAUUUGAAAUUUGAUUGAUUUGAAAUACAAAGCACACUUCACUCAUAAAUACUGACUUCAAUAGUGGCCGAAAGUGAUUCAUUUCACAAGAAGUAACAGUGAAGUAACAAGGGAACUUACUACUUCCUUGCAAAUAAGUAUCGAUAUUCCACAGCGACAUCUCUGUUGAGAUCAACUGAGAAAGUAGAAAUCAGAAAAUUCACUGCCGCAAUGUUCUGCCGCCUCGAGGGUGGUUGCUCAAGCCCAGCUCCGAUAAAAAACACAUGAGUUCGGGAAUCACUCCUCGGUGGUUUAAACUUUACUCAAAAUUAUGGGCCUAUUCAUCUCUCAUCUUCAUCUACCCUAUUUCUCACGCAGAAGCCUAUGAAAUCAUCAACAUCACCAAAAACAUUGGAAAAAUCAUUCCAUGCACAUGGAAGUCGAUUCUCACAUAAAUUUAACAUCUUUUUGGCAUCAAGUCAAAUUGAAAAUUCACUAUCCUUUCAUGAAAUUCAUCCUUUUCCAGUAACGAUUUUCUGUAACACUUAUAAUAAAUCUGGUUCUCAUUAUUGGUAUUUCAGUAAUGUUCAACAUGAUUUGUCAGCCCUAAUUGUUGGUUAGUAUGGUUGGCAUAGCUGUUUCUAAGCCACCAGCCUCGUGGAAUAUAAAUCACCACAAUCAAUUAAUGCUAACCUCUCAACAUUUUUAACAUAUUUUUUAUCUCUAAUAUUCGGCAAAUCCUAGCUGACCACAGUUACAUGCUUGCAGUUCUUGCCAUUUGGAAGCUGGAGCUUGCCUAUUUGAAGUUCAUUAAUUUGCUCCACGAUGGAUAAGAACGGUUGAUAACUAUUACAAAUAGUUGAUUGGUUUUCAAUGAAUAAUUAUUUAUCUUUUGAUCCAAAAACAAUUAUGCUGGUUUGCACCGAACGAAAUCAAUCUAAAUCAUCUAUCAGUAACAUUCAGUUGAAAGAUUAAGCUGACUCAAGAUGAUUGAUAACAGUUUUUGCAAACAAGCUUCAAAAAAUGUAUCACGUCCUAGAUUAUAUAGUGAAACUCGUUGGUCAGAUGAUUGUAUCAUUUUAGUAGCCUAUAUAAAAGUGUUAUUAUGUUACUAUGAAGUGGAAUUUAUGCUCUAGUGAUACCUGUUAUAUUAUAUCAUAUUUAUAAUGGAUAUUACGGUUCCUUGUCAGUUUCACAUGAUUUAAUACCAAUUAUUUGUAAUAAUUUAUAACCGUUUGAAUUGAAACUGUUAACCUCAUACUCAUUGCUUGUUGCAUGGCAAGUUUGCAAAGUGAUACUAUUUUAUAAUACAUUUAAAUAUCUUGUUGAAGGCAAUGACAAUAGUGUCUUACAUAACAUUUGAAAUCUUCACCCUAACUCUCUAUUUGAAAUCUUCAACUAAGCAUUUUGAAAGAAAAAUUUACAAUUCGUGAUAAAAGUACAAUAUAAGCCUAGUUCAACUAGUGCAAUUAUUAUUGCUAAUAACUUCAAGUAGAAUCUAAAUUAAAAAAAUAUAGGCCAGUCAUUCUAUUACAAUUCGAUACAAUAAGAGUUCAUGAAAAUUAUUUUCUCCUUUAUACUUAUCGUAAUUGGUAAUUAUCACUAUGUUUUAGUUCUUAGUAGGUACAGUAAUAACACUAUUAACUGGAGGUCUCGAAGUUGAAUCUAGCCUAUUAAUUCAACACUUCCAUUUUUCACUUGUGCUCACACUUGACUAACUACCAUUUACAGAAAAUAUUUCGUAUCUUUCUUCCAUUUUUUUUAUUAAUUAUCAAUUUUUAGCAUUUUAAUAUAUUUUUUAGUUUCUAUAGAUACUACUGUACAGUACCUAUAAGUUGGAAUAUGAUAAUUAUUAUUUUACCUGUAAAGUAAGUGUUCAAAAAUUGAAUUAAUUUGCUCCAAAUUACAACUACAAUAUGACUAGUGUGGAAUGUCUCGGAAUCCAUUGAAUGAGAUAUGUAAUUUCAUCAUAAACAGAACGUAACGUUAAUAAGUCUUUUCGUAUUCCGUCCACGAAUUUGUAAUUAAAAUGCACUGCGUUCACUGCUAUUGAAAAUUUAGUAAGCUUUCUAUUCCCAUUGAUGUGAAAAAUUUCUCGAAACAUAGAUUAUUCUCAAAUCUUUUAUCAUGACUUCAGUGGUAUCACUAGGGGUUGAAUCACUAAUUUCAAGAAUGCUCUUAGAUGCAGCAGCAUAAAAUAAACAAUCUUUCUCUACUCCAUUAACACUAACCUGGUGGUUCUCAAUACACCUAAACAUUAGACCCAUAUAUUUCUAGACUUCAACUCUAGUAUAUUUCAAGUUGAUAACAAUCAUGAAAAGCUCCAAUAUGUUUUUCUUUAUUUCCAACAAAUCUUGCUACGAAAAACAGUUUAUUUAAACAAAAUUUAUCCAUACAGUAUUGAUUAUUUUUUUGUGUGUCUUAUAUUAUUUUAAUCUAACCUUUGACUUUUGUCUUUUUCAUCUAGAAUCACAUAAAAGUAUUGAGAGAGUAUAUUGUUGGAACUGCAUUCCUGAAUUUUAGUAAAGAAAUUUCUAUUUCUGCCGAUUCUAUUACGUACAAUAGCAGUGCUUCUCGGCCAAUUUUUAUAUAUUUGAUUUUCAAAA